AUGAAGUCCCCUCCGAUGUCAGUCCUGGAAACAUGGCCGACACCCAACUACAUUGACCCUCCUACCCGCGGCCACGGCGUUCUAGUUGUGAACGUCGUCUGUAUAUCGUUAGCAUUCCUGGUGGUUCUGCUCCGGAUCUUUACCCGCCUACGCAUCACAUGCAGUGCCGGCGUUGAUGACGUCCUGGUUGUCAUUGGCCUGGCUUUCUCCGUCGGGAUGGCAGUGGUGACCUCGAUUGCGACGGAGGAAUGGGGCUGGAAUAGACACAUCUGGGACAUUCCCCCCGCAUGGCUCUCGACCGUACAGAAGCUGAAUCUCUGCUUCCAAAUCAUGUUCUCGAUGGCGUCGGGCUUUACCAAGAUCUCGCUUCUAUGGUUCUGUCGGCGUCUGCUGGGGGCGAGCAAGGGCAACUUUAUGCUGUUCAACUGGGCGUUUAUCGGGGCGAUGGUCUUCGUCGGCCUUUCUUGCGCGACAUUCACUUUGAUCAGCAUCUUCCAAUGCAAUCCUAUCAAGGCAUAUUGGCAGGUUAGCCCCCAGGAGCCAUAUACCUGCAUGAACGACGGGGCUAUCGUCUUCUCGGCGAGUGUCAUAAAUAUCUUCACCGACUUCCUCGUCACGGCGCUACCCAUGCCGCUGAUCUGGAGCCUGAAACUGCCCGCUCGUCAGCGACUUGCAGUCAUCUCCAUCUUUGGACUAGGAGUCGUGGUUAAUGUUGCCGGAUCCGUCCGAACAGUAUAUGUGUGGAAGAGCAUGGUAGUCGGAUACGACUCGACCUGGCUGGGAUGGCCAGUGUUGGUUGCAGCGGCUGUUGAAAUCAACCUGGGCUUGAUAUGCUGCUCUGCACCCGCUCUCCGUCCCCUCAUCGCAGCCUUCCUCCCCCAUCUUCUCCAAUCGACUCGCAACAUCAGCUACAAUUAUGGUCCACGAUCCCGCUCCAAGAACAACCUAUUCUCCAGCACUGGCCGCUCCCGCAACUCGCGCCUGAUCAACGACGACUCUCGCCAGCCCGGCUACGAUGACCGCUUCGCAAUCAUGCGCACUGUGGAAAUGGAGCACUACGUGGAGACCUGCACUCCUGGCAAGGGCGCUUCGGGUCAUGCCUACAAUAUCACUUCGGAGACGACCCGUGCCAUCACGCCGGCGGAUAGCUUUGAGCGGAAGAACAGUGGCACCAUGUAUACAUCCGCGACUAGUGAUGCCUCUUCUUCAACGCUGCCGCGAGAUGGCGUCGGGUUCGCCGUUUGA